AUGAGGCCUCAGAACCAGAGCAGAGUGUCCAAGUUCCUCUUCCAGGGGCUCCCUAUCCAACCAGAUCAGCAGAACAUGUUCUUUGCCCUUUUCCUGAGCGUGUACCUGACUACAGUGCUUGGGAACCUGCUCAUCAUCUUGCUCAUCAGGCUGGACUCUCGCCUCCACACCCCUAUGUACUUCUUUCUCAGCCACUUGGCCUUCUCUGACAUUUCUCUUUCAUCUGUGACAGUUCCAAAGAUGCUCAUGAACAUGCAGACUAAGCAACAGUCAAUCCUCUAUGUGGAGUGCAUUUCUCAGAUGUGUUUUUUCUUAGUUUUUGCUUGUCUUGACCACUUCCUUCUUGCAGCGAUGGCAUAUGACAGGUAUGUGGCCAUCUGUCGGCCACUCCAAUACACAAUUGUUAUGAGGCAUGAGCUGUGUGUCUUAUUAGUAGCAGUGUCCUGGUUCUUCUCUUGUGCACAAGCCCUGUUGCACACCUUCCUCUUGGUCCAACUUUCGUUCUGUGCUUACAGUAGCAUCCCCCACUUUUUCUGUGACCUCACUGCACUCCUGAAGAUGAGCUGCUCAGACGUUUCCCUCAAUGAGCUAGUCAUCUUCACUGAGGGAGGAAUGCUUUUCAUCCUGCCUUUGAGCAGUAUCUUGGGCUCAUAUAUCCAUAUAGGGACCACCAUCCUGAAGGUUCCAUCCACCAAGAGAUUAUUUAAAGCCUUUUCUACUUGUGGCUCCCAUCUCUUUGCGGUGUCUUUAUACUAUGUGACACUUGCAGCUGUUUACUUUUUCUCUUCAUCAUGGGGCUCCAACAACAAAGACAUAAUUGCUUCAGUCAUGUAUGCAGUAGUUACCCCCAUGCUGAACCCCUUCAUCUAUAGCCUGCGGAACAGAGAUAUAAAACAGGCCCUAGAAAUAUUUGUCAACAGACUAUCUUCUUUAAGUGACAAUAACUAA